AUGCAACAACAACCGGUAAUAAAUGGAAAUCCAACUCGAAUUACUGGUACCGUUCCUGUGCGAUGUAUAUGUUACAGUUGUCAAAAAGAUAUUGUAACACGUACAGAAAAGAAAAAUGGUCUUGUUACGUGGCUUAGUUGUGGAGGUAUAUGUGUUCUUGGUGCUCCGUUUGGCUGUUUUCUUGGUUGUUGUUUAAUUCCAUUCUGUGUCGAUGCAACCAAGGAUACUGUACAUUAUUGUCCAAAUUGUUCUAUUGUACUUGGUGAAGACAGAUUACUGUCAUAG